AUGUUGUGGAGUAUAGGCGUUUUCCUUCUUACACAGAUAGGCUUAUGUCAAUUUACGACAGAUUCAACAACUACAUCAGAAGAUCACACGGUAACAUCAUUUUACGUGCUGAGCACUGGCAUUGUCCCAGCACCUGUCAUGCUGCGACUUGGCAACUCUACAAUAGAUAGUACAAAGUCGUUCAAGGUGCCGCAACCAACGUCAGAUAGGGUUGACAUUGAACGAGAGAAACCAGUGACAGGCCAAACCGAAGUCAUAAAAUUUGAUAUGGUACCCCAUGUCGUGUCAGCGAAAAAUACUUAUUUUGAUCACGAUGUAAGAUACGGGCCCACCUUCGAAGACACUCCUAAAGAAAACGUCACUAAAAUAACCGUACAGCUUGGAGAAGAUGCUUAUUUAAACUGCAGAAUUAGUCUCUUACAAGACAAAACGGUAUCAUGGGUACGUCGCAGAGGUAAAGAAGAAUUGCCUGAACUUCUCACUGUUGGGGCCGUAACAUAUGCUGCUGACAAUCGAGUCACCGUUGCACAGAGAUAUCCUGGAAAUUGGAGACUUCUAAUCAAAGAGGUGAAACCGUAUGAUGAAGGGGUUUAUGAAUGUCAAAUAUCAACGCAUCCCCCAAGAGUCAGUCGGAUCUACUUGCAUGUCAACACUCCGCAAGUUUGGGUAGUAGAUGAAGCCGGCGCACCACUUUUAGAAAAGUAUUACGAAGCGGAAUCAACACUAGCCCUCGUCUGUAGAGCUCGCCAUGUUGAGACGCCGACUGUUCUGACCUGGAUACACGAAGGCAGGGCACUCAACGCCGACACUACUAGAGGUGGCAUCAGCGUAAAAACGGAGCAAGUGCCUGGAGGAGCAGACAGUCUGUUGCGGCUCGCACGUGUCAACAGCAGCGACGCAGGAAAUUAUACGUGUGCGGUACGGGGCGCACGUCCCCAUACCGUUUCCGUGCACGUUCUCAAUGAAGAAAGUCUUGCGGAACUGCACGCUGGAGCAAUGUCAAUGCAACCAUCUCCAAGAAGUCUCGCUGCACUAACAACGAUUAUUAUAUUUAUGGCGAAGAAACCCACAUUACAUGAAAUAGUGGUUCUCUUUGCGAUAAUUGCGCCUUUUUUAUGGGUCAUUGACCUAAAAAAUUCAGUGAUACGACAUAUUGACUUAUUGUUACCAACGUGA